AUGAAGUCACAGACUGGUAUAGCUCUGACGAAUGCACUUCUAUUGUUAUUGAUUUCGUGUGAAUCGGCUGCACUCUAUCAAAACUCGAUCAAUUGGGACAGUCGUACUCAUCAACAAACAUACACAGAUGUCAUGGCUAGAUCGGAUUUUGGUUCAGUCACUGGAUGGCAGAACAGCCGUGCCAUGAUAUCAAAUGGUGGUUUACGUAUAACAAUCGAGAAAAAUGCUCUUUCAGGAGCUGGAGGACUUAUAUCAAACACAGGAAUUCCAGGUGGUACUGCUUAUGAAUUAGAUUUCGAUGUUAAAUUUCACAGUCAGUUUGAUUGGAGCCGUGGCGGGAAAGUUGGCUUUGGCUUUGGUGUCGGAAACGGGAAUACAGGAUGUAAUUUACCAACUGAUGGCGCAGGUGGUAGUUUACGUUUAAUGUGGUACAAUAAUGGAAAUCGAGUCUACUUUCAUCCAUAUAUUUAUCAUUUUGGUAUGCCUGGACCUUGUGGAAGUAAUUUUGGUAAAUCUUACCCAUCAACAGGUAGUCUUCAGAAAGGCCCGUGGUACAAAGUUCAUAUGUAUAUCAAAUCAAAUACUGGUAGUAAUACCAAUGGACACGUGCAAAUAAAAAUCAAUGGCGAGACACUGAUUGAUCAAAGUAUCCGUUGGACAACAAAUGACAGUAAGCGAUUUAUCAACAGGUUAUCUUUCCAUACUUUUCGUGGUGGAAAAGCAGACGAAUGGAAAUCUAAUACUGAUGGCUAUAUUUACUAUGACAAUUUGUCCGUUCGACAAAUCAGCGCAUAA